CAAUAUCUGUUUGGUUGGAAAGCCCUCAGCGCCGCCCUAACAUCAUGUCCGCGACCGAGAUUGGAACCCAGUUCGUCAAGUUCUACUACGACACGUUCGACAACAACCGCGCUGGCUUGGCUCCCCUUUACACGGCGAACUCGACCCUGACGUUCGAAACCGCGACGCUGCAAGGCCAAGCGGCCAUCAUUGGCAAGUUCAACGAACUCCCCAAGACCCAGCACAAGACCGAAACUGUCGACAUCCAACCCUCGUUGAACGAAUCGUCCAUUCUGAUCUUUGUGACGGGCAAAAUCAUCAUUGACACGAACCCCCCGCUGCAAUUCACGCAAGUGUUCCAGUUGGUCGCACAUUCACCCGGCCAGUUUUACGUGCACAACGAUGUGUUCCGCCUCAUCUAUGGAUGAGUAGUUGUAGUUUUGCGCGGGGAAGCGAAGACUCUUCGCGCGAUGAAGUAGUAGAUGAUCGUCGUCCUAUGCGAAAUCAAUCAAGCCUGCUUAUUCUUC